AUGGCGCGACGAGCAAGGAGGGCUCGUCUCCUAGCCUCACUAGUAGAAGCUUUCUAUAUCAUCCUCGCAGUUUCCCCGGUAGCAAGUGACAUGACAGACAACCUUGACCUACUAUGGGGCAACACACAGGUAGAGUACGAUAGCAGCGGCCGCCAAACCGUUUCCCUGUCCCUCGACCGCUGGACGACCUCUGCAUUCCGCUCCAAGAGCAUGCACCUCUUCGGGAGGUUCGACAUGGACAUCAAGCUCGUCCCCAGAGACUCGGCCGGCACCAUCACCACGCUCUAUAUGCUGACAGAGGGGCCAUGGGAAGAACACGAUGAGGUCGACCUCGAAUUCCUGGGCAACAGCUCCGGCGAGCCAUACACCUUGCACACAAACAUUUACGCCAGGGGAAGAGGCGGCCGGGAGAAGCAGUACCGGCUUUGGUUUGAUCCCACUCAAGAUUUCCACACCUACUCCAUCCUCUGGAACCCAAAGGAGAUACUGAUACUUGUCGAUGGCACGCCGGUCCGGCAGAUGAAGAACCAACAAAGAAAAGAUAUCCCUUUCCCGCUGUACCAGCCAAUGAGGCUUUUAACUCGGGAAGUUCAGAUGACAGACUCGUUAAUAUACCCUUGCAUGUGCGUGUGGUUUUCCAUAGUGAUCCUGAUUCCUGAAGUGAUAAGACAAGAUGUGGUUAUGGGAGAAGCUUUUGUCGUCUAA